CAGGGCCGGUGACUCGGAGAGCAACAUGAAACUGGAAGACCGAGCCCCGGUGUGGCACGUGGCCGCAGGCCUGGCCGUCUGUUCAGCAGCCGUGGCCUCGGGGGCUUUUGACUGCGUCCAUACAGAAGUUGGGUACGAGUACUACGCUGAACCCACCGUGCCCGGGUUGCCCGCUGUAGUAGCCAUGCCCGCCAACUGUUUAGUCAACGUGGCCUACGUCCUUCUGGGCUGGCGUUGGUUGUCUUCUUCGGGCGGCCGGAGAGGGCGGGCACGCUACUUCCAGGAGGUCUUUGCCCUAAUGGCCCUCUUCUACGGGCCUCUGCAGUGGCUCCGCCUCUGGAUCCAGUCUCAUCGGGCAGCUGUCUUAGACCAGUGGCUGACCUUGCCCAUCUUCACUUGGGCUGCCGUCUGGUGCCACUUCCUAGAGCACGGGUGGCAGCCAGGCACUUUCUUGGCUAUGGAAGCCGCCUCGCUGGCCAGCUACGGCAUGGCCCUGCUUCACCCGCAAGGGUUCGAGCUGGCUUUGGCAGGGCACAUCGUCGUCGUCCUUUGGAAAGUCUUCCGGGCGCAAAGGCUUCUGGGCGACGCCACGUCAGCGGGCGUCAUGGCGCUGGGUAUAGCCUCUUGCUUGGGUUUCGUGGGCCUGAAGCUGUGGGAUCAGGAGCUGGCACGAUGGGCCCUCUUCCGCCGGCUCACCGGCCACUUUUGGUCCAAGAUCUGCGACGUCCUCCAGUUCCACUGCGCUUUCCUCUUCUGCGUCAAGCUGGGCAUGCUCCGCUCUCAGUGAACUGAUUCUGCGGCAUUCCACAAACCAGA